AGUCAUUAUUCACACGUAAACUUAUUGGUUUAUUUGGAAGGGUUUGCACAUCAUUUUUUGACGCAUACUUCAUCAUGCAACGUAUUAUAAUAUUCUACGUUUCUGUUUUGGUAUUGGAAAAUUAGUCAAAUCAAAUCACAGACUGGCAGCCUCGAGCUCAUCAGCUUCAUACCAUGUCCGCAGCCAUACGUUGUUGUUUCCAAUUUGCCUUGAUUUAGGAACUCGUGUAUCCACUGCCCGAGAUAAAGAUCCAAUGAUUGGGUCAAGUAUAUCACUACUACUACUACUAAACUAAAAUAUCGCUCAGAGUCCACGUCCACAUGUAAAAGUAAUUUCUGUCCUUGUCUCAUACUCAUUUAAUUGUGACAGAUCAUUUAGUUGCCAUAUACAGAUCUCUUAUUUCUAUGGGAGAAGUCCCCCAUUCAGUACCACAUUCGACUCAACGCGGCCUGCCUUCGCCUGACCUCUUUACAAUGAAACACCUGUUGACUACAUCGCUCGUGUUUAUUGGGAUAUUGUGCAGUUAUACAGUACUUUCAAUAAUUCCAAACACUAACACUGAUGUGGACAGAACAGCACGCGUAGCGGUGGUAACUGGAAGCAAUAAAGGAGUGGGUUUUGCAACUGUAAAAGGGUUGUGUCAACGGUUCAAUGGGACUGUUUAUCUGACCGCCAGAAGUGUGGUGCGAGGGCAAGCUUCUGUUGAAGAGCUGAGGAAAAUUGGCUUACAGCCAAGAUUUCAUCAACUUGACAUUACAGAUGACUCGAGUGUCAAUGCGUUCAAAACUUAUCUUAAUGACACACACGGAGGUCUGGAUAUCCUUGUCAACAAUGCCGGUAUUUCCUUUAAGGAAAAUGCCACCGAACUGUUUUCGGUCCAAGCAUCUGAAACUGUGCGAGUUAACUAUUUCAGUUUAUUAAAAGUUUCUAAGGCUCUAUUCCCACUGCUGAGACCCCACGCCAGAGUUGUUCAUGUAUCCAGUGCAUUCGGACGUCUACCUUUAAUACCAGGCAGUCAAAUCAGGGCUCGAUUCUCUAACUCUGAGCUUACGGUGGAAGGACUGAACCAGAUUAUGAGAGAUUUCAUAGAAGCCACAAAAACGAAUAAUUAUCAAGAUUCAGGAUGGCCAGACAAACCAUACGUGGUAAGCAAAGUUGGUGUUUCUGCUUUGACUGGGAUUCAACAAAAAGCAUUAGACACAGAUGCCAGAGAAGACCUCGUAGUUAACGCGGUUCACCCAGGAUAUGUGAAUACCGACAUGACCGACCACCUGGGUGUUUUCACUCCCGAAAGGGGAUCUCAAUCUUCGCUUUAUGCUGCACUGUUACCAGAAAACACUGACAUUAAAGGAAAAUACAUCUGGCACGAUAACACUCUUGUUGAUUGGGCUAAUGGUCCCAAACCAGCUGCUUGAUCAAACGAAUUUUAUAUUUUUAUACAUAGAAGUCGUUUGCUCUCUAUGAAAGUUUUCCACUUUUUUGAAAUAAUAAAUAUACAUAUACCUUGUGAUGCCUUGUAAUCUCAAUUAUCCUUUGAGAAACACUCGAGGUAUUACACAACUGACAUUACAUAAUCUCUUAUCUACCCGUAUUCCUGGCAUAAACAUCACAUAGCUUACUAUGUAAACGCUCUUUGAUGAGAUAUAAAACAUAUUACAGCAUUUCACAAUAAAACUCGUUGUCUUCUUCAUAACCAUAGAAUAUUAACUACUGCAAUGAGAAAGUCGUUAUAGAUCUUAUGCAUUUCAUUCAUGCUUUCUUCUUCCCAACAUUAUACAAUACUUGUACGUUACAUAUUCUACUUAUUCAAUUCAGAUUGCAA